CCCUCGGCGCCUUCACAACGCGGUCGGCAGGCGUCGCGGGCGAACGCACCCAACUCACGAAUCGCAUAAAUUUUGCGCGAACAUGCACCAACAAUAAAUACCCGUAAAUAGUGCGAAUAAAAACAUUCCAAUGUCAGGAAAUGUCCCGGGCGUCAGUUUUUAAAACAUACUUUUAAUCUUACGUAAUCAUGACUAAAUACAAGCUAAAUAAUACCGUCAGGUCCGCGUCAGAAGUAACUCUAACUUCCUUCAUGACCGGGAGCACGGAUUCAAAAAAGGAAGAUAAAUACCAGUUGGAUCUCGACACCAAUCAGAAUGACAAUUUAAAUUCGGUUUCUAAUAAGAAUUUAGUAUGUCCGCAUUCGUGCGGGUAUAUACAGAAUCGUUUGACGUCUCUAGUGAAAAGUGAUGGGUUCGGGGUUGGACUGAACGAGCUGAAAGUGGAGGGUAUGGACAAGAAUGUAUGUUUGUGUGAGGUGUAUAAUGGGGGGUGUAAGCUGUGUCCGAGGCCCAGCUUGGCCCCGACUUUGUCUCUAAGUGUGGACGCGAAGCACUGCGCUGCUUGUACUGGGGCCUGUAAUCCACCUUAUUCCAAAUCCAACGUGUUCCCGCCAUCAGACGGCGGUUGGCGACGUGGCGCGGCGCGGCGCGCGCGAGCGCUCUGCUCCGCUAAAACGUUACGUAGAAGGUUGCCCAUACUGGAAUGGUUGCCUCAGUACUCGAUACGGAAGGGAGUCUCGGAUCUCAUUGCUGGCAUAACCGUCGGCCUCACGGUAAUCCCGCAAGCGAUCGCGUACGCCGGCGUGGCCGGCCUCCCGCCGCAGUACGGCCUCUACUCCUCCUUCAUGGCGUGCUUCGUGUACACCGUGUUCGGCUCCGUGAAGGACUCGGCCAUCGGCCCCACGGCCAUCGCGGCCAUCUUGACCAGGGAGAACCUGCACGGGCUGGGGCCGGAGUUCGCUGUGCUGCUGGCCUUCUUGUCAGGGUGCGUGGAGCUUAUUAUGGGGAUACUGCAGUUAGGAUUCCUGAUCGAUUUCAUCAGCGGGCCGGUGUCUGUCGGUUUCACGUCGGCAGCAGCCAUUAUCAUCGCCACAACGCAGGUCAAGGACAUCCUGGGACUCAGCUUUCCUGGCGGCAAGUUCUUGCAGGUGUGGACGGGAAUGUAUGAACACAUCGGAGAGACGAGGCUCUGGGACACGGUGCUAGGUGUCACCUGCAUCGUGGUCCUACUACUGCUCAGGAAAGUUAAAGACAUAAAAGUGCGCGGCUCAGAAGAAAAGGGCGGGUGCGCGCACGCCGCCGCGCAGGCGCUCUGGUUCCUGUCGACCACGCGCAACAUCCUCGUGGUGCUGGUGUGUGCCGCGUUGGCGUACUACUUCGACACGCAGAAACAGACGCCCUUCGUGCUCACUGGCGAGGUGAAGCCGGGGCUACCGGCGAUAGCACCGCCACCGUUCUCGGCCACAGUGGGCAACCACACCUACACUUUCAUGGAGAUGGCAUCCACGCUCGGCUCGGCCAUCUUUGUGGUGCCUCUGCUCUCCAUUCUCGAGAACAUUGCGCUAGCUAAGGUCUUCUCGGAGGGUAAGUACGUGGACGCCACGCAAGAAAUGCUUGCGCUGGGCGUGUGCAACAUCGCGUCAUCACUGGUGGAGUCCAUGCCGGUGUCAGGGGCGUUGUCCCGAGGAGCUGUCAACCAUGCUAGUGGCGUAGCGACAACUGCUGGCGGGCUUUAUACGGGGGCGCUGGUGCUGCUGUCUCUACAGUACUUCACGCCAUACUUCUUCUUCAUCCCGAAGGCGUCGCUGGCCGCUGUGAUCAUCGCUGCCGUAGUCUUCAUGAUGGAGCUGCACGUCUUCAAACCCAUCUGGCGGACUAAGAAGCUAGACAUCAUCCCAGCCGUGGUCACCUUCGCAGCGUGUCUGCUCACGCGGCUUGAGCUGGGCAUCGUCAUCGGUAUCGCCGUCAACCUCAUGUUCCUGCUGUACGCUUCGGCCAGACCUUCGGUGAAGGUCACCAGAGCCGUGUCGAGCGACGGCAUCGAGCACCUAGUAGCGGUCGUGGACCGCUCCCUAGCGUUCCCUUCCGCGGAGUUCGUGCGGCGUGCGCUGUGCAAGGCGGCCGACAGCGCACGCUCCGUGCCGCUCGUGCUGGACGCCACGCACGUGCAGGCGGCCGACUUCACCGCGGCCAAGGGCAUAAAGACUCUAAUCGAAGAAUUCGAAGCGCGCGGCCAAGCGAUCAUCUUCUACAACGUGAAGCCGUCCAUAGAGAGCGUGUUCCAAGGCGUCCGGCCACGCUCCUUCCACCACGCUUCAUGCCGCGCUGAACUAGACCGGCUUCUACGACGAGUGGCGCCCCCACCUGCUCCUCAUAUCACGUGUGAGUAUGAAGUGUUUUGAUCAUCUUCUACAACGUGAAGCCGUCCAUAGAGAGCAUGUUCCAAGGCGUCCGGCCACGCUCCUUCCUCCACGCUUCAUGCCGCGCUGAACUAGACCGGCUUCUACGACGAGUGGCGCCCCCACCUGCUCCUCAUAUCACGUAAUGCAAGCCGAGCCUGAUCUCUGGUCGACACCGACAGUAUUUAUGAACUAGCUAUAGUAUCGUUAGUCGUUAGCUAGCGUUUGUAAGCAGGUAGUUACAUUGUUAUGUUAAGUGAGUGCCUCUUAUUGUAACUAAUAAAGACAUGUUCGUUAUA